CGUGACGUAGAGCGUCUUUGUCUGCUACGUUUGCAACUGCGGACGGAGGCGUGCGGAGCUGCGGGACUGCUGAGUUUGGCGCUCGGAGCUCGGGAUCUCGGUGAGCUUUCUUGCUGCCCGUCCUGGGCCAUUUCAUUGAUAAGCAGUAGCGGAUCGCUUUGCCAAGAGCCGAGAAGAACAAAAGAAUCAGGAAGGAGACGCUCGGCCCCGGCCGCUUUGCUCCGGGUGGCUUCCUCAUCCGCUCGCUCGUGUCCGGAGAAGCUGCGUUUAUACUCGUCACUGGAUUCAAACAGGUCUUUGUAACUGCUGCAAUAGCUGGAACUUUCUAGUGCAAAAAGUGGUUAUUGGAGAAGUGAGUCUCAAAGAAAUAAAGAUGAGUAAGAGCAAAGAUGAUGCUCCUCACGAACUGGAGAGCCAGUUUAUCUUACGGCUACCUCCGGAAUAUGCCUCAACUGUGAGGCGAGCCGUACAGUCUGGUCAUGUCAACCUGAAGGACAGACUGACAAUUGAAUUACACCCUGAUGGACGUCAUGGAAUCGUCAGAGUGGACCGGGUCCCACUGGCCUCAAAAUUGGUAGAUCUUCCAUGUGUUAUGGAAAGUCUGAAAACCAUUGAUAAAAAAACCUUUUACAAGACAGCUGAUAUCUGCCAGAUGCUUGUCUCCACAGUUGAUGGUGAUCUCUGUCCUCCUGUGGAGGAACCAGUUGCUGCUGCUGAUCCCAAAGCAAGCAAGAAAAAGGAUAAGGACAAAGAGAAAAAGUUUAUAUGGAACCAUGGAAUUACUCUGCCUCUAAAAAAUGUCAGAAAGAGGAGGUUCCGGAAGACAGCAAAGAAGAAGUAUAUUGAAUCUCCAGAUGUGGAGAAAGAAGUGAAGCGGUUGCUGAGUACAGAUGCUGAAGCUGUCAGUACUCGUUGGGAAAUAAUUGCUGAAGAUGAAACAAAAGAAACAGAAAAUCAAGGCCUUGAUAUCGCUUCUCCAGGAAUGUCUGGCCACAGGCAGGGCCAUGACUCACUAGAACAUGACGAGCUUCGGGAGAUAUUCAAUGACCUCAGCAGCAGCAGUGAAGAUGAAGAUGAGACACAGCAUCAGGAUGAAGAAGAUAUAAACAUCAUUGACACUGAGGAAGAUCUGGAAAGACAGCUACAGGACAAGCUAAAUGAAUCAGAUGAACAGCACCAAGAAAAUGAAGGAACCAAUCAGCUGGUUAUGGGAAUUCAGAAACAGAUCGAUAACAUGAAAGGCAAGCUCCAAGAGACACAGGACAGGGCAAAGCGACAGGAGGAUCUCAUCAUGAAAGUAGAAAACCUGGCUCUCAAGAACAGAUUUCAGGCUGUGCUGGAUGAACUCAAACAAAAGGAAGACCGAGAAAAGGAGCAGCUUAGCUCUUUGCAAGAAGAGCUAGAAUCACUGCUAGAGAAGUGAGAAGAGCUUUGGUAUUGAGUUUCAUUCCUUUGGUCAAUAUUAGAAGAGAAAUCUUGGCUUCAUCACCUGGACUAGAUGUUACAAUUUUGCAGCAGUUCCAGUUUCCUCUACUGCCUUCUGCUGAGUUUGUCUUACUAACAAAUAUAAAUGUGAAUUGCUGUUUCAUUUGUUUCUCAGAACUGCUUUGUUAAGUGUUUAUCCUGUAGGAAGUGGGAAUGUAUAGACAGAUAAGUGAUUGUAGGAAAGCUGUAGGAUUAGUGGAGUCAACAGUUCAACCUUGGUGAUCACAGCUUCACUGCAGGACUUUGCUGCUGUUUCUGCAUUUGCCAGGAGCUACUGUUGCUGCUUUGUGAUACUGUAUGAGAUCAAUGAGGAGAGUCUAGUCUGGAAGCAGUGAAGCUAGUUUGCAUAUGUUUUCCCAUGCAGUAGCUAUUUUCCCAGUUAUACAAAGCAAUUUUCUACAUGUAGAGUUACAGACUGUUUCUUAAAGUUGUUUUAACACAAUAAAUAAAAGCAACUAAUUUUCACCUCA